UUUGGAGCGUGUGUGGUCAGCUCUUGCUGCUGUGACAAUGUGCCAUUCAAGAAGAGAAGCGGCCAUGGCGAGGUCAAAGGUGAGGCUGUACACAUGUUGCGCACUCCUGCUGCUGUGCGCCAUCGUCCUGUUGGUGUGCGUCAGUCGACUGGUGAGGCGGAAGUGUCCGGAAGGUUCUUUCUCCCACGCUGCGGUGGCCGCAGACUCUUGGACGUGUUCUCAAAUUGGAAGCGAGAUGCUCCAAAAAGGAGGCUCGGCAGUAGAUGGCGCCAUUGCAGCGCUGCUCUGCACCUCGCUCAUGAAUCCGCAGAGUAUGGGCCUGGGAGGCGGCGCCAUAUUCACAGUGAUGGACAGCACAGGGAAAGUCCAAAUCAUCAAUUCCAGAGAGCGAGUCCCUGGCAGGUUUAACCCCGACACGCUGGAGUCCUGUCCCAAGACCUUCCGAUUCCUCACAGGUGGUCUGUGGAUGGGAAUCCCAGGAGAAAUCCGUGGCUAUGAAGAAGCACACCGGCUCUAUGGCAAGUUGCCGUGGUCCAGCCUCUUCCAACCAAGCAUCCGACUGGCCAGACAAGGGAUCCAAAUUUCACAAAUCCUGGGUGAAUACAUUCCUAUGAGUGACAGCAAUGAGUCGCAGCCUCUGCGGCAGUUGUUCUCAGAUAAAAAUGGAAAUCUACUGCAAACGGGGGAUGUUGUGAAAUACGAGACACUGGCCGACACGUUGGCGACCAUCGCGGAUCUGGGAGCAGACGCUUUCUACACUGGAAAAAUAGCAGAAGAUUUGAUCCGUGACAUUCAGGAGGCAGGGGGAUCACUGACGUUGCAGGACAUGGCCUCCUACCGAGCCGUGGUGAGCGAUGCAUGGAACAUUACCCUGGGGGAGUACCAGAUGUACAUGCCCCCGCCCCCUGCAGGGGGGAUCCCCCUCAGCCUGGUCCUCAACAUCAUGAAAGGAUACGACCUGAAUCCGGCAUCUCUGAGAGGUGAACAAAAAACUCUGUUUUACCACCGCUAUGUUGAAGCGCUCAAGUUUGCUAAUGGAUUAAAGCGACAUAUCCGCGAUCCUCAGUUCAGCUCGGGAGAACUGCCAAAGAAAUUCACAGAGGAGAUCUUUGCCAAUCACAUCCGCAGUUUGAUUACCGAUGACAGGACGCACGAGGCCCGGUAUUACAACAUAACGCCCUACUUGGACGGUGUUGGCACCACCCAUGUCUCCGUGCUGGCCCAGGACGGCUCAGCUGUGUCCGUCACCAGCAGCAUCAACCACAUAUUUGGUGCAAAAAUAUUUUCUCCAAAAACCGGAGUUAUCCUCAACAAUCAGUUGUCGGACUUCUGCGGGAAAGUUGAUCGUUUCUAUGCAGGGGAGCAGCCCCCGUCCUCCAUGGCUCCCACCGUGCUCAGGUCCAAGUCCAAGACGCUGGUGAUCGGCUCAACUGGCUCGACUAUGAUCACGACAGCCAUGGCCUCUACAAUCAUCAAUCACCUUUGGUUUGGAAAGAGCCUCAAGGAGGCGAUUGCCACACCGGUUGUUUUUGUGGACUCUGAUAAUGCGGUGAAGUUUGAACCCAACUUCGAUACGCAUGUGGUCGAGGAUCUGCAAGCCCUGGGACACGUGCAGAAAAGUGCCAAGAAGUUCUACAACGUGGUCAACGCUGUGGCGCAGGAGGAUGGCUGCAUCUGUGCCGUGUCUGAUGCCAGGAAACUGGGUAAAGCAGCAGGUUACUGACACCAUGUGACAGUAAUAAUGGAUACGGUAUAUUUGUGUAGCUGAAUAAAAUGCAACAUUUACUGCAACCAUGGAUUUGAAUUAAGAACGUCCCUCUACAACUUUUUCCACUUAUGAUGUAUUGAUAUUGGAACCUAGACUGGUGGCCCAUAUCCAUAUUAAUUCAGUACAAUAUAAGAUGGAAUCAUAUAUAAUUGUGUUAUUUUGUAGUGUGUCAUGUUAGAAAAAGCUUGAUUAAGCAAAACAAGUCAAACAGAGAACAAUGGGAGGUAUGAAACACACUAAACUAUUUAUUAUUAACCAUCUGGAAUGGAUUUAUGCUGUCUUUAACCUGAAGUGGUAAUUUUUUUUUUUUUUUUGUGCCACCUUGUGGCCACAAUAAUUCAUUAAUUUUAGGUCAUGACGCAGUAAACUGACAUGUUUGUUACUUUAUAAUAUUCUUCUUUGUAUGUACCUAAUGUGCCACUAGAAUGAAUUGAGACUUGUUAAUAUUGACACAUGUGUUGUUUUAGACUGCAAUAUUGUUUAGUUAAGGACACUUAUUACAUAUUUCUGGCUGGAUUGUUAUUGUGUGCU